ACGUGUCAACCUACUCGCGACCUACUCCAAGGUGUUUGCCGAAGUCUCGUGCAACUGACGUGUCUCUCCUCUCGCGUUACUUUUUCUUAUUCUCUCUCUCGCUAUCUGUCUCCGUUUUCGCUUCUUUUGUCUGUUGUUUCAAAGAGGAGCACCUAAGUGAAACGGUCGGUUUCUUUUCGAAAGGAAGAACCGGAAGUCCAUCUGGCACGUGACACGCUUCAGCAGCAUUAUCAUGUUCGUCGGGAUGUCCAGAGGCAACAAUGAGAAAGCUGAAUCGACGUAACGGUCUACGCCAGGAUGGCCAGUUGGCCGCUCAGAAUCGUACUCCUGUCCAGCGCCCUCAUCCUUGUCCGUGGACGAGGAGUGGUGCUGGAUAGUCAGGGUCCAGUGUUGAUCUCCGAGCCACGGUCGUCGGUUGAAUUCUCGAACGAGACCGGAGCAAUGAUCCAUUGUUCGGCCCAAGGUAGUCCCUUGCCGAGGAUUGAUUGGCUUAUGGGAGACGGGUCACCUGUACCUUCUAUAUCGCACAUACGUGAGAUGCUGGUGAACGGUUCGAUGUACUUCUUGCCGUUCGGAGCUGAGACCUACCGACACGACGUCCACUCGGCCGUUUACAGAUGUCAAGCCUCGAACAGCGUCGGCAGGGUGUUGGGCCGUGAAAUCACGGUAAAGGCCGUGGUGCGUCAAAAGUACGAGAUCCAAGUGCGAGACGCUUACGUUCUGCCAGGAAAUACCGGUGUGCUCAGGUGCGAAAUACCGACGUUCGUUAAGGAAUACGUGGCAGUCACGUCCUGGGUUCGAGAUUCCGCCUACAACAUCUUCCCUACGCCGAAGAGCGAUGACAGACAUCAUAUGCUACCCACUGGAGAGCUGCUGGUGUUCUCGGUCACUUCGUCCGAUGCCCAGUCGAGUUAUCGAUGCCGGACGGUGCACCGUGUCACUGGUGACACCGUGGAAAGUUCGUCGUACGCCAGGCUGGUGGUCACCGAUCCUCACAGCCAAGUUGCACCGAGGUUCAACGAAAGAGUGAGCCCAGCACCGAUCCGCACCGGUGAGACGAUCGUUCUGUCGUGCAUUUCCCAGGGAAUACCACCGCCGAUGUAUCUAUGGUUUCGCGAGUCCGUGACCGGCACGACGAUGAUCUUCAAUUCAGAAAGGAUUUACGCGAGAGCUGGCGUGCUGGUGUUACAAUCAGCCAGACCGGAGGACGCCGGACGAUACGUCUGUCACGCGAACAAUACCGCCGGUUCCGAGAUGGUCGAAUUGGAGGUCUCCAUUAUAAGCAGCCUCUCCAUCCACCUAGUACCUCAACAGGUCACCGUCGACUUGGGGAAGGACGCUGAAUUUCAAUGCUCCGUCACCGGCCAACCGGCACCGGUGAUCUCGUGGACCAAGGACGGACUUCCUGUGAGGGAAGGCACCUCCGGUCGAAGCAAGAUCGCAGGAACCGACGGCUCGACGCUGCGAGUGGCCUCGGUCGCGAGGGACGACAAGGGGAUGUAUCAGUGUUUCGCGAAGAACGACUACGAGAUGGUUCAAGCGACCGCCGAGUUACGUCUCGGGGACGCGGCGCCGCAGCUUGUGUACAAAUUCAUCGAGCAGACCAUCCAGCCUGGCCCUUCGGUGUCGUUGAAGUGCAUAGCCACAGGAAAUCCGACGCCUCACUUCUCCUGGACCUUGGACGGAUUUCCUCUUCCUCAGAACGACAGGUUUAUGAUCGGCCAAUAUGUGACUGUACACGGUGACGUGAUAUCGCACGUGAACAUAAGCGUGGUUCACGUGGAAGAUGGCGGUGAGUAUCAGUGCACGGCAUCGAAUCGAAUGGCGAAGGUUCACCAUUCGGCUCGUCUCAACAUUUACGGUUUGCCCCAUGUACGACCCAUGGGCAACUACGCCGCGGUGGCUGGCGAAACCACCGUCAUCAAAUGUCCGGUCGCUGGUUUCCCGAUCGCUAGCAUCACGUGGGAGAAAGAUGGUAAAGUGCUGCCAACGAGUCGACGACAGGUAGUGUUCUCAAAUGGAACACUGGUGCUGUAUCACGUCGACAGGAGUACAGAUCAUGGCGCUUACACGUGUACGGCAAAGAACAAGCAAGGACGAUCUGAUUCACAAACGGUUCACAUCGAAGUGAAAGUUCCACCUACGAUAGCUCCCUUUAGCUUUAACAAGGAUCUCUCGGAGGGCGUGCGUGCCCAAGUAACUUGCAUGGUCGAGAAGGGCGAUCCUCCGUUCACGAUCGCCUGGUCCAAGGACGGCGAGCCGAUCGCCGGGCCCAGUUCAGCCGGCUACGGGAACAGUCGGCUACAGACACCCGCCGGGCUACGCGUAACCAACAUUGACGCCCAUUCCAGUACCAUAGUUAUCGAACGCGUCAGCGCUGCUCACACCGGCAACUAUACUUGCCUGGCGCGCAAUUCGGUGGCCGAGGUCCUCUGGACGGCCGAAUUGAUCGUUCGCGUGCCACCCCGUUGGGUGAUGGAGCCCCAAGAUGUCCGCGCUUCAGAAGGAAUGUCACGACUGGUCCUUCACUGCCACGCGGACGGAUUUCCGCCCCCGGCAGUCUCGUGGCGUCGUGCUAGCGGCAAGAAACCCGGCGAUUAUCGCGACAUUGUCAUACACGAACACACGCAGGACCUGAGGAUACAUUCGAACGGGUCACUGGUGUUCGGUAGAGUUCAAGAGGACCACGAAGGGUUUUAUUUGUGCGAGGCGGUUAAUGGAAUCGGCGCUGGACUUAGCAAAGUUGUACAUCUGACGGUGAACGUGCCGGCCCACUUCGUGGAAAAACAUCGUAACCAAACAGCUAGACUCGGCUCGAGCGCGUCGCUGCGUUGCGAGGCGAAAGGCGAUCAUCCCUUAAAAAUACUAUGGAAAAAGGCGGGUUCGCACUUGGAACAGAAGCUGUCCGAUUAUCGGUACACGCUCAAGGAAGAAAACACCACCGACGGUAGCAUCAGCACCCUUGAAUUCAUCAGCACCAGCCGAGAGGACAGCGGAAGAUAUUUUUGCAUCGCCUCGAACGCUUACGGCCGCGACGAGAUGACGAUCCAUUUGUACAUACAAGAACCGCCGGAUUUCCCGCGAAAUCUUCACGUGAUCGAGAAGGGAAGCCGCUACAUCAACAUCAGCUGGACCACCAGCCAGGACGGGAAUAGCCCGAUAACGCAGUACAUCAUCGAAUACAAAACUGAUACUGAAGUGUGGCACGAUCACACGUUUCACACGGCAGUGCCGGGAACACAAGCACACGCGCACGUGAACGGUUUGCGUCCGGCGGUUUCUUAUCAAUUCCGAAUUUACGCGGAGAACGAACUGGGCCGAAGUCAGGCGAGCGACAUUUUGGAAACUACGACAGAAGGAGAGAAACCGGGCGGACCACCGAGAAAUCUCAAGGUGGAUCCUGUCAGCUCGACCGAGUUUAACGUCACCUGGGAUCCACCUGAUCAUGAUUUAUGGAACGGAGAGAUACUCGGCUAUCACGUCGGCUACAAAGAACAUCGGUUGACAGCAGAUCAGUACACGUAUAGGACUGUCGAAAGGCGAAUUUCGACGGCCAGUGUCGCGUUGGGUCUAGCCAGGACGUCGAUGCCCGGUAGACAAUAUCAGCUGACGAACUUGAAGAAGUUUACAAGGUACAGCGUGGUGGUGCAAGCGUACAACGCGCUCGGUCAAGGUCCCAUGACGCCGGAAGUGGUUGCAACCACCCUUGAGGAUGUGCCGAGCAGUCCGCCGCAGGAUAUACGGUGUACAGCGCUGUCCUCGCAAUCACUGCAGAUCUCCUGGGACUCGCCUCCCGAGUCCAGUCUGAACGGGAUUCUAAAAGGCUACAAGGUCAUAUGGGAGAACGUGGACGCUCUGACCGAGUCCCCGAAGUCGGAAAUGAAGAUCACCAGUGCCUUGACCGUCGUGAUUCACGGCCUCGAGAAGUACACGAAUUAUUCUGUCCAAGUGUUGGCGUCGACCAGGGCCGGCGACGGCAUCGCCUCCUCGCCUUUGUACUGCGUCACCGAAGAAGAUCUACCCGAGAUGCCGGCCGGCGUGAAGGCGGUCGUCAGGUCCGCGACAUCAAUUAUCGUCUCGUGGCAGCCACCGCUCAGAAGCAACGGCAACAUCACCUCGUACAACGUUCAUAUCCGUUGGCUCGGCCCGGAGGGAAAAUGGGACACUCGGCCACUUCCGCCUCAUCAGACCAGCUAUCUGGUGGAGAAAUUGCACAAGAAGAAUCAGUACGAGUUUAGCAUCGCGGCGAAAACCUCGGUGGGCGAGGGUCCUCAGACUCAACCCAUCACGAUAUCACCUUCCAGCGAUGUUCGCGCAGCGAUAUAUUCGUUCGGCACGGUGCUGGUUGUUCCAUGGAAACAGAACGUGACAUUGCCGUGUCAAAGUGUUGGCAACCCAGAGCCGUCGGUGACAUGGAAACAAUGGAGUCAGAUAGUGAAACCGUCGAGCAGGGUGUCCUUGUUACCGGAAGGCUCGCUGCAGAUCAUGGACCUCCAUAGGGAGGACAGCGGAAAUUACACUUGUUACGUGAAAAAUCGUCAUGGUUACGAUCUGAUCACGCAUCGUUUAACCGUGCAAGUUCCUCCGGCAGCUCCCUUUCUUCACGCUACAAGCGCGACCAGUAAUUCGAUAAAUGUCCAAUGGAAGAACGGCGACGAUGGUGGUGCUCCGAUCAGGGGUUACAUUCUCCAUUACAAACGAGAAUCUGGCGAAUGGGAGGAGGUUAAAGUAUCCCAUAAGAUCAACAGUUUCGUCUUGUCACGGUUAUGGUGUGGCAACGAUUACCAGAUGUAUCUGACGGCGUACAAUCGUAUCGGUAUGGGUUCCCCUAGCGAGAUCGUGAAGGCGACAACGAAAGGCUCGAAACCGGAAGACUCGCCGAGCAAUGGCGAUAAAUUCGUGACGGUGAACGUUUCGUGGAUCACCCUUCAUCUGAGCACGUGGAACGAUGGCGGAUGUCCGAUCACCUAUUUCGAGUUGGAAUACAGGAAGAAUGGUGAAGACAUUUGGACGUUGGUGUCGAAUAACAUCGAGGUACAAAAGACAUACACGCUCAGUGAGCUACAACCGGGAACGACCUACGACAUCCGGAUAAGGGCGCACAAUAACGCGGGUUUCUCGGUCGCCGAAUAUAGAAUAACGACCCUGCAGCCGCAUACCAGCAGCACAGUGCCAGCCGUCGAGAUCGAUCACUACAUUCCUCAGCACACAUCCGUCUAUUCGGAUCUGAAGCUGAUCAUCCCGCUGAUACUGAGCUCCUUGGCGUUCAUUGCCGCAGCUGGUGCUGUGUUUUACUGUUUCCGGAAACGUCCGUUUAUAGGGGAAAUGGCGAGUCUUCACGACGCCCAGACAGCAGCAGCGUUAGACAAUAAGCAAAACAUGGAGCAACGCGAGCAGUAUUACGCGACGGUGCGCAAACCGCUUCGCUCGCCUAUACACGAGAUGGCUACCUUGGAAAAAAUUCCAGAAUACUCGGAGGAGAUCUAUCCGUACGCGACGUUCCAGCUGGAGGAAAGUGUCCCACCAGGAGGUGAUAGCCGAUGUAAUUCCGCGGCGCCUCUUCAGACGUUCGUCUAUCACGAUCCUCGUUUGUCCACCGCCGACACUCUUCAAUUACGAGAGUCGGAUUGCAACCGGUACACUAAGGUGCGCGGAGGCCGUUCGUCCUCUGCGCCGUUGCACAAAACGCACAAGGUCAGUCAGGGCAAGUCCGAGUCGGAGGAAUACGACACCCUGGGCUCGGAUAGCGACACGGAAGUCGGGACCAGCAGCCGAACCGAGUCUUCCAAUCACCUCGUCGAUUCGCACCACUCGGUGUCUGCGGCCGACUCGCGUGUCCACAACUUCCUGUACCAUGGACCAGAAUCUAGCACGUCUACAGAACCCUCACCGAUUUUUGAGAGAAAAUCGUUUCCUGGAAGGGGAAGACCCAAGAUGUUACAGCUGGCGCGUCAUACCAGCGAGGAGACCCGUUCCAACUUCGGCCCAAUCUCCGGGUUUAGCAAUUCCAAGCACCAGUCGAGCACUUCCUGUUCCAAUCGGGACCAGGAGCGUGACGGAUCAGGGAACUUGUUCAUCCCCAAGCUGGACCCACCCACGGGCUUCUCCGACGCGUUUGAGCUAAGCGAGGCGGAAUGCGACCUCGAUCGCGGCCACAGUAGCCAACGAAACGUCCGUGACUUCGUAAUCGCGGUGUAAAUAAUUGAAUUAUGUAGAAUCUACGAUGGAAUCUCCACGAUCCUGCGAAACGAACGAAAUCCCAAUUUAAUUGUCUCGAUGUAAAGAUAACGAAAACUGAAAAAAAAAGAAAAAAAAAAAAAUAAGAACCGUGGUCCGUCUUUCGUUAAUUACAAUGGCCACUGAGAAUGUGCUCGUCAGAGGCCACUGAGUAUCUGUUCCCUGCUCGUGUUCCUGGCCUACGUCGAUGGGAAAACGUGAAUCGUAUCCUAUUAGAUGAAACGUAUUGAACUCGACCAUGUGUUCUUCAAACUGCCAUUUCGUUCGAGCCUACGACCAGGUGACGUUCGUUUUUUGCUACUUUUUCGUUAGGUUUCGAGCGAACCACGAUACUCCCAUCGCUACGAGGAUUUGAUCGAUAUCCUCGAUACGCAAUCGGAGAACUUUAUCGAUCGAAUUAAUCGACUGCCAUUUUCGUUCGAAUGAAAAUGAUCCUAUCAGAAAUAGAGACUUCAUUCGUCCUACUUUUCGAAUCGGGUCAUUUCUCGCGGUUGUAUGUCGGACAACGUUUCUACACGAUUAAGACGUCCGUUCGAGUUUAACGUAAAGACUGCGUCAAGAAAAAUACACAAUCGACUGUAAGUGUGACAGGGUUGGACUUAGCCUCCCUAAAGAAACGCUCCUAUUAUAUCUCUGUUCGUAACGAAACUUUCGAUCGUGAUAAGUCGAUGAACGUCCUAUCGUUAAGACUACGUUUGCAGAUCAAGACGACGGUAAACGAUUUCAUUGUGUAUCGAGUACAUAUCCCAAGCGAGCAAUACGCGAUUUGUUACGAGUUUACUUGGUCUUCCAAUUUCGUAGAUAUCGUUUUUUAUCUACUCUAUCAUUUUCACCGUCGUCCUUUACCGCCAGUCUGCACGCGGUUGUUUUCAUGUUUUAACACGAACAAAUCUGUUGUAUAUGUAUAAAUAACAAGGGGAAAGAAGUAACGUUAGGCCGAGAAGAAACAUGAUGUUCGUCGUUGUCCAUCGGUGUCGUUUCAAUUAACGCGAGACUGAAACGUUUAGUAGACACGUGUAGCGUAAAAACUUGACGUUGAAAAGAAGAUAAAAAGAAAAAAAAUAAUAAAAUAAAUAAAAGUAAACUAUUGUCUGUAAGAUGUCUGUACUUUACCAUGCUGCUAAUUGUACUUAUUGUACCUAAUUAAAACGCGAAUUACGAAAUCGUUCGAGCGACAGUUUUAUCGCGUCGAUUAACGAUCGACGGACCGUGUGAUAUCCCCUGCGAAGGAAUAAGGAAACAGGCGGCAACAGGAAAAAUAUAUGAAAAAAAAAAAAAGAAAGAACAAAAGCAGAGUACUAAGGAAUUUAUUCGACUGUCGUUAAAGAAAAAUAAAAAACGCACCCACCGAGUCUAUACGCAUGUGUUGUCAUCGAAUCAGUUUCACUGUACAACCAUAAUCGAUCGUUCACUCGGCAACGUGACGAUGAUUUUUGAGUCUGAGUGCUCUCUCGUUAUUGUCGGAACCGCCGGGGGGUCAACGGGCGCGAGCUAACCCCGGUGGCUACGAAUGAAGAGAUAUCGAUCUGUUGACAAAUCGUAUACUUUAUAAUAUAUGAGAAUGAUUUACCACGAAAUUCGUACUAUUGUGUUUUAGACGACUUUAGAUUGUUUAUAUUCUAUUUACUU